GGAUGCUGGGAGAAGGAGGAGGAUGCCAGCAGAGGCUGCAGAGAUGCUAACAGCACCGACACGCAGACACACACACUGACAGGAGCUUACUGCAGCUAACUGCUAAAACAGAGACACAGAGAUAGUGAGACACACACACUGACAGACAGUAACAGACAGAGACAGACAGAAAGAAAAGACAGAUGACAGCUGAUGUUGGCAGCAAACACUCAUAGUGAGCUGCUGUGUAGCUAGCUGCUGAGUAUGUUAAACUACUGACACACACACAGACGCACACACACACACACUCAGCGAUGCAGUGUCUGAGGCUUCCUAUUGGACGGUACAGAUGUAGUCCAACCUACGGUUGACGGACAGCUUUUUCGGGCGGCGGAGCCUGGAGUUGGGGGGGAUGUCAAAGAGAGGAGCAGCGGGGAGAGGCAAGGGGGACCGACCUGACGCCAUGGCAACGCUUCAAGCAGCCAAUGAAGAGCUGAGAGCCAAAUUGACUGACAUCCAGAUAGAACUACAACACGAAAAGAACAAGGUCAGCCGUCUGGAGAGAGAGAAGAGUCAGGAGGUGAAGGUGGAGCAUCACCGGGCAACAGUCGCCUUGACGGAGCUGAGGGCCAAACUGCAUGAGGAGAAGCAAAAGGAGCUGGCCGUUACCAGGGAUACGUUACUACGGCAACACGAGAUGGAGCUUAUGAGAGUCAUCAAGAUCAAAGAUGGAGAGAUUCAGCGUCUGAACGGACUGGUGCUAACGCUGAGGGAUGGAUCCACAGACAAGGUGCGCAGCGCCCUGCUGGCGGAGGGCGAGGAGGCGAGGAGGAGCUGGGAGACGGAGCGUUGCCGCCUACAGCAGGAGUCACAUGACCUGCGCAGUGCAAGGAGAUCAGCUGAGGAGGCUUCGGCCUCGGCUCAGCAGGCCUGCCAGGCACGAGCAGCCGAGCUACGAUCGGCUCAUCACCAGCACCAGGAGGAGCUGAACCGAACCAAGAGGGACUGUGAGAGGGAGAUCCGCCGUCUGAUGGAUGAGAUAAAGUUGAAGGACCGAGCGGUCAGUGUGUUGGACAAGGCCCUGGGGCUGCAGGCGGGACACGCCCACCGUCUCCAGCUGCAGACUCAAGCUGCUGAGCAGCAAAUCGCGGCCCUGAGAGACGCACAGAGGGCGGGACUAAGCCUAACUGGCCAAUCCCCUAACUCCGCCCCUAAUAAUGCUCCUCACACUUCUCAGGACGAGCGGGACACCCGCAGGUUCCAGUUGAAGAUCGCUGAGCUGAGCUCCGUCGUCAGGAAGCUGGAGGACCGCAACGCUCUGCUGUCGGAGGAACGCAACGAACUGCUGAAGCGUCUCCGAGAGACGGAGAGUCAGUUUCUUCCUCUUCUGGACAAAAACAAACGUCUGAGCAGGAAGAACGAGGAGAUGGCCCUCACGCUGCGUCGCCUAGACAACAAGCUCCGCUUCGUCACCCAGGAGAACAUGGAGAUGAGAAGACCCAGUUCACUUAACGACCUGGACCGGAGCCACUCCACCAGUUACCAUGGUUACAGCCACGAUGAGCGAGAGAUGGAGUUUCUACGGUUACAGGUUCUGGAGCAACAGCACAUCAUCGACGACCUGUCCAAGGCUCUGGAGACGGCUGGUUACGUAAAGAACGUCAUAGAGAGGGACAUGUUGCUGAGAUACAGACGUCAGGAAUCCGUCCGGAGGAAACGAACCUUCAGAGCCUGCAGGGUCAUAGAAACAUUCUACGGUUAUGACGAAGAGGCGUCGGUGGACUCUGAUGGAUCAUCUGUGUCCCUGCACACUGACAGGACUCCCGACCUGGAGCCGGACGAGGUGUGUGUGCGUGAGGAAGCGGAGUUUCGUUACCGUCAGCUGACUCAGGAGUACCAGGCGCUACAGCGAGCGUACGCUUUGCUGACGGAGACAAGCGGAGGAAACUAUGACCCCGAGAAGGAGAUCAAGACCAGAGAGCAGCUGUUGACUGAAAUCAGUCGUUAUCAAACCAGAGUUACAGAUCUGGAGUCAGCACUGAAACAACAAGGACUGGUAAUUCAAAUUCACACACACACACACACACACACUCAUACACACACACAAGACACAGUCGGCGUCACUGUUUCUAUGGAAACCAUGUUUACUGUUCAGGAGAGGGAACGGCGCUCACCGGCCAUUAACUUCCAACCAAUCCAUUUCCCAGAAGGCAUCAGUCCUCUGCAGCUCUACUGCGAGGCAGAGGGAGUCGUUGACGUGGUGAUCAGCGAGCUGAUGAAGAAGCUUGACAUUCUAGGAGAUAACGCCAAUCUGUCCAAUGAGGAGCAGGUGGUUGUGAUCCAGGCCAGAACCGUGCUCACUUUGGCAGAGAAGUGGUUGGAGUCCAUUGAGGUGACGAAGUCGGCUCUGCAGCAGAACAUGUUGGACAUAGAGAGCGAGAAGGAUCUGUUCAGUAAGCAGAAGGGUUACCUGGAUGAAGAGCUGGACUACAGGAAGCAGUCCAUGGAUCAGGCUCAUAAGAGGAUCCUGGAGCUGGAAGCUAUGUUGUUUGAGGCCCUGCAGCAGGAGGAGCACUUCAGGAUGGACGGAUUCAAGAUAGAAGCCGGUCUGUCUGAAACUCUGACGGAGGAAGAGAAGGAGGGGCUUAGGAGAGCAAUGGACCAAUGGAAACGCUCCGUGAUGUGCGAGCUGAGAGAGAGAGAUGCCCAGAUCCUCCAAGAGAGGAUGGAGGUGCUGCAGCUCACACUGCAGAGAAACAAAGAGUUGGAGGAAUAUAUAGAAGCACAGAAACGCCAGAUGAAAGAGCUGGAGGAGAAGUUUCUAUUUUUGUUUCUGUUUUUUUCGUUGGCCUUUAUCCUCUGGUCCUAACGGCAGCUGCAUCUUAAAUGAAGAAAAGGAUGGUUUCCACGGCAACAGAGAAAAACACCCAGCAGGAUGCUAACUAGCUUCCUGUUAGCAUCUGUUGACCAGGAAGUUCCAUGUCAGACUCCUGACUUCCUGUUUUCACAGUGAACUGUUGAUAUUUAUAUUUUUAAGGAGAAACUGGACCAAUGACGGAAUGAAUAAAGAAUUCUGGAUUAUAUGAGAGGAUUUACAUAACUGACAUUAACAAAGAUGGG